AUGAACGUAUUGGAUAUUACAGGGCUUAAAGCCGAGAAUUUGACAGAAGUAGUUAAGGGUCUAGAACUAUUGCUUGCUGACCUGCAAGUACACUAUACUAACCUAAGAGGUUAUCACUGGCACGUUAAGGGUAAGGAUUUCGCAAUCCUACACGAACGCUUCGAGAAGAUGUACGACGAAGUAGCAGACAAGGUUGAUGAAGUAGCAGAGCGUUUGCUUCAACUUAACGUAGAGCCAGAAAAUCGUUACAGCGUAAUCCUAGCUAAGAGCGAGAUUAAGGAAGUAACAGGUCUUACAAGCCCUGAGACAAUCCUUCCUGAGAUUGUUAAGACUUACAAGACGCUUAUGGCUCUUGAACGCUCAAUCAUUGAGAAGGCUGGUGAAGUAAAUGAUGAAACAACCGUAGCAAUUAUGUCUGACUUCCUAGUAGGACAAGAAAAAGAUGCUUGGUUCUUAGCUUCUAUGCUUAGCUAG